AUGACUCAGAAUGGCGAGGAGGUCAUACUCUUCCAUUACGCCCAGUCGAUCUAUUCGCACAAGGUAUUGUGGUACCUGAAGUUGGCCGGUAUCAAGUACUCAGAAUGUAUCCAACCACCGAUAAUGCCGCGACCUGACCUGGCAGCUCUGGGCAUCUCUUAUCGUCGAAUACCAGUGCUCGCCAUCGGCCGCCAUGUCUAUUGUGAUUCGAGAUUGAUCUUACAAGUCUUACAAGAAAGAUACCCUCUUCCAAAUGCCUCGUUAAGUGCUUCGCAAAAAGCUGUCCAGAGAUUGCUUCAAGACUGGAACCAUGAUCAAAUCUUCUUGCAUGCUACGCGCUGUUUACCAUACGAGCGUUCUGCUUUGGGCAAGAACCCUGCAUUCCUUGCCGACAGAUCCGAGGCAAUGGGCAGACCUUUCCGAAUUGAGGACAUGAUCAAAGACAGGCCGGAAUCGUACAACUAUAUUCGUGCCAUGUUUCAGACGCUGGAGGACCUCCUGGAAGAUGGACGUGAUUGGAUUUUCGACAGUGCAGUACCCUCAAUCGCAGAUGUCGAUGCCGUCUACAUCGCGCAGUGGAUCGUGACGAACCCACUGAUGGAGGGUGCAGUCCCAGAACACUUUCUUUCCAAAAAGAUGUUUCCUAAAACAUAUGCCUGGAUUCAUCUCUUCAGAAAAGCGUUGCAGGACGCCGAGGUCAAGGCUUCCGUACCUCCAGCUCUGAGCGGUAAAGAGGUUUUCGAGAAGAUCACGUCCGCACCAGCUGGAGCUUUUCAAGACGACAUGAGCUACGCUGACUCACUCAGGCUAAAGAUUGGUGAGAUGGUUGAGGUCUACCCGACAGACUGGGCCUCGCACCACCGCGAUGUGGGCGAACUUGUAAUGCUGAAAGCAAACCAGGUGUACAUGCUUGCUCUCGAACUGGGCACUGCAGACCGAAUUGAGCUUCAGACUGUUGUCGUUGCACCAGUCAAGUACCCGGGAUGGUCUGAUGAUGUCCUCACUGUUGCCGAGUCGAACCCUCUGGCAAAACUACCGACUCUGGUCCUCGGCAACAACGGCGAUGGCGUUUAUGACUCGAAAGUGAUCUGCGACUUUCUAGAACACGAAGCCUUGAUGAACAAGCGGUCUGACCCUAAACGACACAAUUGGCGAUUGAGAACUCUUCACGGUUGCGCCGACGGCAUGUUGGACGCGCAAGUUCUCAUCUUGUACGAGAAGAAGAUCCGUGCUGAGAACAACGUCGCAUAUCAAGCCUGGAUCGAUGGUCAAAACGAGAAGAUAAUCCGGGGACUUGACCAACUUGAACUUGAAGUUGGUCGUGGUACGCUUCAGCCGCCAGCUAACGAUGCACCGGCGUCAGCGGCUGAAUGUGCGGUAGCAGCAUGUGUAGCCUUUCUGGACAUUGUUGGGAUUGAAUGGCGCGAUGGAAGACAAAGCCUAGUACAGUGGUUCAAGAGAUGGCAGGAUCGAGAGUCUUUUGUCAAGACUCGUCCGAACGUGGACUGGAAGACAGGCCAAAAUGUCGAUAUAGGAUUUGGCCGAGACGUGCUAGCAGGCAAAAAGGGUUGA